GCAAACCGGCGGCGACUGGUGACGCUCGCGUCCUCGCUCCUCCCGCCUCUCCCUGGGGUGGCGCUCUCUGGUGACGUUGGAGGGAUGAUGGCCGCCGCGAGGCCCGGAAGGUGAAGUCAGAAUUCGUGGAGUCAGCGUAAUCAGUAGCCAACCUCAACGGAGACAGGACAGAGGAGAACUCAAAUUCUUUUCAUCUUUUUGACUCCUGCCAUGUCCAUGAUGCCCACCCUCUGAAGGUCACUUACCAUCCAAAAACUUCUCCUCUGUUCCAGUUGUGCCAGCAGACGAUCCGUGGAUCCAUUUUAUUUUCCCUGCUAGGAGUUGCUGUGCAUAAAACUGGCGCAAUGUCCCUGCUCUUCUCUCGAUGCAACUCCAUUGUCACGGUCAAGAAGGAUAAGAGACACAUGGCUGAGGUGAAUGCUUCCCCACUCAAGCACUUUGUCACUGCCAAGAAGAAGAUCAAUGGCAUUUUUGAGCAGCUGGGAGCCUACAUCCAGGAGAGUGCCACCUUCCUUGAAGACACCCACAGGAACGCGGAACUGGACCCGGUUACAACGGAAGAACAGGUUCUGGAUGUCAGAAGUUACCUGUCCAAAGUGAGGGGCAUCAGCGAGGUGCUGGCUCGGCGGCACAUGAAAGUGGCUUUUUUCGGCCGGACGAGCAAUGGCAAGAGCACCGUGAUCAAUGCUAUGCUCUGGGACAAAGUUCUGCCCUCUGGGAUCGGCCACACCACCAAUUGCUUCCUGCGGGUGGAGGGCACAGAUGGCCACGAGGCCUUCCUCCUCACGGAGGGCUCAGAGGAGAAGAGGAGCGUCAAGACUGUGAACCAGUUGGCCCAUGCCCUCCACCAGGAUGAGCAGCUGCAUGCUGGCAGCCUGGUGAGUGUAAUGUGGCCCAACUCCAAGUGCCCACUUCUGAAGGAUGACCUCGUGUUGAUGGACAGCCCUGGCAUCGAUGUCACCACAGAGCUGGACAGCUGGAUUGACAAGUUUUGCCUGGAUGCGGAUGUGUUUGUGCUGGUGGCUAACUCGGAGUCCACCCUGAUGCAGACGGAAAAGCAAUUCUUCCACAAGGUGAGCGAGCGCCUGUCUCGCCCGAACAUCUUCAUCCUGAACAACCGCUGGGAUGCGUCUGCCUCGGAGCCUGAGUACAUGGAGGAGGUGCGGCGACAGCACAUGGAGCGCUGUACGAGCUUCCUGGUGGAUGAGCUGGGCGUGGUGGAUCGCGGCCAGGCUGGAGACCGCAUCUUCUUUGUGUCUGCCAAGGAGGUGCUCAACGCCAGGAUCCAGAAGGCCCAGGGCAUGCCCGAAGGAGGGGGCGCUCUUGCAGAAGGCUUUCAAGUGAGGAUGUUUGAGUUUCAGAAUUUUGAGAGGAGAUUUGAGGAGUGCAUCUCCCAGUCGGCGGUGAAGACCAAGUUUGAGCAGCAUACCGUGCGGGCCAAGCAGAUCGCAGAGGCAGUUCGGCUCAUCAUGGACUCUCUGCACAUCGCGGCACAGGAGCAGCGGGUUUACUGUCUGGAGCUGCGAGAAGAGCGGCAGGAGCGACUGAGAUUUAUUGACAAACAGUUGGAGCUCUUGGCACAAGACUACAAACUGAGAAUUAAGCAGAUUACAGAGGAAGUUGAAAGGCAGGUGUCAACUGCGAUGGCAGAGGAGAUCAGGCGCCUCUCUGUGCUGGUGGACGAGUACCAGAUGGAUUUCCAUCCUUCGCCAGUAGUCCUCAAGGUUUAUAAGAAUGAACUACACCGCCAUAUAGAGGAAGGACUGGGCCGAAACAUGUCUGACCGCUGCUCCACGGCCAUCACCAGCUCCCUGCAAACCAUGCAGCAGGAGAUGAUAGACGGCUUGAAACCGCUCCUUCCUGUGUCUCUGCGGAGUCAGAUAGACAUGCUGGUCCCUCGGCAGUGCUUCUCCCUCAGCUAUGACCUCAACUGUGACAAGCUGUGUGCUGACUUCCAGGAGGACAUUGAGUUCCAUUUUUCUCUCGGGUGGACCAUGCUGGUGAACAGGUUCCUGGGCCCCAAGAACAGCCGCCGGGCCUUGAUGGGCUACAACGACCAGGUGCAGCGUCCUGUCCCCCUGACACCAGCCAACCCCAGCAUGCCUCCGCUGCCACAGGGCUCCCUCACCCAGGAAGAGCUCAUGGUUUCCAUGGUCACUGGCCUGGCGUCUCUGACGUCUAGAACCUCCAUGGGCAUUCUUGUCGUCGGAGGAGUGGUGUGGAAGGCGGUGGGCUGGCGGCUCAUUGCCCUCUCCUUUGGGCUGUAUGGCCUCCUGUAUGUCUAUGAGCGUCUGACCUGGACCACCAAGGCCAAGGAGAGGGCCUUCAAGCGCCAGUUUGUGGAGUAUGCCAGCGAGAAACUGCAGCUUAUCAUCAGCUACACCGGCUCCAACUGCAGCCACCAGGUCCAGCAAGAACUGUCUGGGACCUUUGCUCAUCUGUGCCAGCAAGUUGAUGUCACCCGGGAGAACCUGGAGCAGGAAAUUUCCGCCAUGAACAAGAAAAUUGAGGUUCUUGAUUCACUUCAGAGCAAAGCAAAGCUGCUCAGGAAUAAGGCCGGAUGGUUGGACAGCGAGCUCAACAUGUUCACGCACCAGUACCUGCAGCCCAGCAGAUAGUGGGAGCCGGGGCCUGCAGGGGACGGGCUGGUGCUGCCAGCUGCGUGGCCUCCAGGGCCGCUGUGUGAACGAAAGCACCCACUGUCUCAUACUGUCAGGAGCCCUUCAGCGCUAGUUAUCUGCCCUUCCCCGCCCCUUCGCCGGCUGUUGCAGGAAGAGCUUCCAGCUCAUAUCCCGAAAGGAGACUUUUGUAAUGACAAGCUAUAGACAGCAUGGUACUAAGGAGCUGAGUCUUUUCUCUGCUUUGUCAGGUCCACUUACUGAGAAUCGUUUGAUUGCCUGAUAAGCUUGUGGGGUCUGCUAGCAUUGUGUGAUGCCUGGCCGGAGCCUUUAAGGGUUUCGGGCAGGCACCCCCUCCUUUAGCCAUACACCCUGCCACAUGCACCCAGCACACCUGCAGAGAAAGGCCACUUAGGGAUGUUGGAUUUUCUUCCCAGAUUGCAUCGGAAAUAGUUCCAGGAAGGCUGGGUCUGCCCCCCGAGGACGGUGGCUUGUGCACUGGUCCAGCCCUUAAGCGUUCAUGCUUCCCCCAUUUGCGGAGCCUUUCAGAUGUGUCUCAGUAGGCCCUGGAUCCGGCUGGGGCAGGCCUUGUGCCCCAAGGGGUAAGAAAGAUGCUGCAGUGGCAGCCGGAGGCAGGAGAGCAGCUUAGGGGAGAGGGUGUGUCCCGGGGCACAUGCCGGCAGCGCAGUGGCCACUGCUGUGAGGAGGAGGGACUUGCUUCCCUCCUCACUGUGACCCUUGUUCUGGUUUUGGUCCUGAGUAGUCUGGUUGUAUUUAUUCCUGGGGAAAGCUGAUUUCGUCAGAUGCUUAAAGGAUGUCGCAGAAGGAAAGGUGGUGGGAGAGGGGCCUCGGUGGCAGGCCGCUAGGAGAGGCUCCCAGCAGGGUGGCUGGGGAGUACGGAGUGAUGCGGAGCAGGGCCCUCUGACCUCCCUCUGUAGGGGCUCGUAGGUCUUAGAGGCCACCCGACUAGCUUGAUUGCAUCCCUUAUAUACCCCUUAAGAGCCAUGUUGGCAGCCCCAGCCCCAUCUUGGCCCAAGCACCCUUGGCCACCAGUCCAGACACCCUCUGGACCAUCUCCUGUGCUGGUAAGGCUGCCGUUGGCAGAGAGACCUUGGGAAGCGGAGCACCUUCCCCCACCCCUCCAACCCCCGAGCCUCCGGCUGACACACACGUGGCCUCAGGUUGACUUUGAGAAAUGUUUCCCGUUGCUGAGUUUGGGGAUUGUUACUGGUUCAAGUGGAGGCAGGUUCCUGUUUCCCAAGUGUGAGCUGUCUGGGGCCAGCAGCCCUGGGGUGACAGCCUCUGCAGCCCAGGUCAGAGAACUUCCCAGAAACCAGCAGCACCUCCCUCCAAGAAAGGUGGGGCUUGGGCAGAGACUUGGGGCCUGUCUGUCUUGGAAUCUACCUGCCCUCCUGACUCAGGGAAAUGAGUUGGUGGCCUCCGUUCACUGGUGGGUGGCCAUGCAGGUGGCAUCCUCUCCAGGUAUCCAUCUGUCCUUCAGAGCCUCAGUUACUCUGGUGUGUGGAACAGAGUGAUGGACUUAGUCAAGGUUGGCAUGCUGUGCGAGGAUGUUCUCAGUUGUUCUGCCCGGCUUGGGUGGUGGUCACCUCACAUGUCAGGAGGAAUCAGUGUCACACACAUUUCCAAAUUCCAAUGAAUUUUGUGUUUUUUUGGGGAAAAAUGAUUUAGAGUAACUACACAUGAAUUUUUUUUUAAUGUAGCCGCUGGGCAAUGAAUGGCAUUUUGAGCUCAUAUAUACAGUAUGUUAAAUGUAUACCACUAAGGGGGAGAUGCUUUCUGAAAGAAGUGUGGCAAAAAGCACUUGAAUUUAUUGCUGCUAACUCUGUUUUUAUGUUCAUUUGCUGGAGUUCAAGGUGUGCUUGACACAGUGAGUUUUUUCUCUUAUGUAUUUAAGGUGAUAUAUUUGCCUCAAUUACUCCUGUAUCAUUGCUGAUAAUAUUGGAAACUAAAAUAAAACCCAGUUGGAAACCCUU